GUUUGUUAUCAUAAUUGUUUCUUGAUUUAUUGAUGAGAAAGUAUUUGAAUACUUUCUAUAGUUUGUGAAUGAAUCAUCAAAGACAAAUAAGUCUUGAUUAAUUUGUUUAACAAGAAUAAUUCAGAGAACCAUUUGGUCAAGGAAAAACAAAAGAAUACUUUACUUUGUCUAUGAAAAACUUUGUAUUUGUGGUAUCAAGGAACUAUGCAUAUCUUUAAAUUAUGGCUAAUAACAAAGCUUGGAAGCUUCUGCUCAAACAGGAACAUAAGGAGCUUCUCAUUUGGUCAUGAGAAGCUCGGGACCUUCCAUUCUAUCCUAUUUGACUAUCUUAAAAGACAAAAGUUGGUGGCGGAAGCAAGUAUUUAUGGGCAACAUAGGAUGAUACCUUCCCCCUCAACCCUCCUUUAUGUCACAGAAGGCUUGUAUUCUCUCAAUCAAAUCUACUAAUCUAGUUCUUUCAGAUGCUAUCAUGAUGAUUAUUGUGUUUGCAUUUAGAUUGGCAUAGUCUUUCACUACCUUGCAGUGCUGACUCACGUGCAAAAGAUCAACCCCAAAUUUUACAAGCCUUACUAACCCUGCAUCAAGGUAAUAUCUCUUCAACUGCCCUUCAUGAUCCUAUCUGCAAAGAAAGAAAAAAGAGAAGCACACCAUCAAAAGGCAUGAGUUACUGUAUCAACUCCCAUUAUUCUUCCUUUCAAAGUGUCCACUUGCAUGCACAUAUUGAGUGCUCUCUGUUAGAAGUAUAAAUAUCAGGGUAAGAGUCUGAACUGUAGAUAGAAAUAAAAUACAUUAUCGAAAGGCAAGUGUUGAUAUUUUAAUUCUCACAAUACUUUCCUUGAAAUUGGCCACUUGCGUGCACAUACAUAGUAGUAUCUUCAAACAGCAGGAUAAGAGUUUAAAUUUUAUUUUUCUAAACAACAUUGAAGAAUUGAAACAAAGAAUUUGAUAAAAUAGUCCAGUUAGUACCAUUAAAGCUUUAACUGCUACCACGCCCUGGCUGCCUAAAACUAUCACAACUUAGCACCCUGUCCAACAAAACUUAUUGAGUAACUAUUGAGAUGCUGUUUUGUAAUCAUAUCUAUGUUGUUUAAACUGUUGUGAUCAGGUUCGUCUAGGAUUCUGGAUGCUUGAUUCGUUUAGAUCUACUAAUCCAGAAUCUUGACAUCACGUAUACUGAAGUGCUACAAACAUCUCAAAAUUACAACCAAUCAUUUCAUAAAAUGCUAGAAGAACUUGCCAUGUCAAACUCCCGAGGUAACACUCCUCAAGUUUCAAAAACGUUGAACCUCUUCUGAUAGAAGGGUAGUAGACUAACUGAGCUAUGGGGUCCUAUGUACAGUAAUAAACUUCUGUUGUUUUCUCCCACCUCCUCCAAGCCCCCUAGCUGAUAUAUAGGCAGGAAGGAAAAAUAUUGUCAAACCAAAAAAGAAAAAUAAAGAGGAGGAGAAGAUUUGUUCUAGCUGAAACAUUGGCAAGCAGGGAAAAUCUAGCUUCAGGCUAAAAAGCCCAGGAAGAUGGAAAUGUCACUCUCUAAUUUCUGGGAGGAUGUAUCAUAGUCUCAAUCACAACAAGUGGCAAUAUGGAUUCACAGGAAAGUUCUCGACAAAGACUUACAUUUACAUCAGACUCUGCUAUUAGUAGAUUGAAACCUAUUUACUAGAUGUGUAUGAAUCAUAAUUUUAUCAGCAGCUUGAAGUGCUGAACAAUAGCUACUUUCGGACCAUAAGAACAAACAAAUUUGAGAGGAAAUCAUUAUUAUCAUCACUCUCUGGAUGAUCUUGACCUGCACAUUUCCUAAAAUAUCUCUUGGCCAUCUUCUUCCUUUUUUAGCAAGGCAUUCACCAAGCAUGUGUACUUCUGAAACUUUUGAUGUAUAGAACCUGGAUGUGAUUUGAUUUUUUUCUCUUCUAUGUGCUUUUUUUGGAACUAUUGCAUGGUGAAUAACCUUGGACUAAAGCCAAAAUAUAUACUAUAAUCGUGUGUAAUGUCACCUCCUGUAAGGCUGGUAUCUCUGCCUAACAUCCAUCUGUCAACUAGUUCAACCAAAUGAAAGAAUAAGAUGUCAUGAUUUUUUUGUGUGAUGCAGAUUAUAUUGACAAAAUAAAACUAUACAAAUGAUCUCAUGGUGAAGCUGACUUAUUUAUAAUCACAUGAUUAAUAUAUAAUUGAAGUGUGUACAUAAGAAGGAAUGUUUCUUGUGCACUGUUAAUCUUUGUAUUUCUUGCAUAUUCCUCUGCAUAUACUUCUGCAUUAUUUCUGCAGUAUUUAACUGAACGAUUAACCUACAACCCAUGAGCUCGACCAAAUCAACAAUUUUUCACAUAUUAUUCCAUGAGACUUAGCUAUCAUAAACAUAUUAUGUAAAAUUCUGUGAGAUGAGGUCAUGAGUAUAAACAACUCAGUGAAUGGAGCACGUAAGAGGGAAAACUGAUUUAGAUCAUAUAAAAUCUCUGUCCACAUUAUCAACCUAAAAGGAGAGCCUUCAUAAACAUCUGUUGUCCAAAUCUUGCUUCAUUGCUUGUGAGCGAUCACGAGUUGUGAUAUCGACAACUUCAACAUUCUUUGCCUUUUACAGCAAAUUCAGAUCAUUUCCAUGGAUUUAGUUCAGAGACAUGAGACACACUGCCCUCCAUCUUACUCCACAUACCCUUCAACAGCACGUAGUUGCAGCUUGGCCUCAGAUGUUGCAUCUUGUUCAUAAAUGCAAACCAUCAAGAUCCAUCUGUGUUCUUUUUCUUCCCUUGUGAAAGGCCUCACUCAUUGAAGGAAAAGAUCCUAAUAAAAUCCUAUCUUACUUUUGCUUGUUAUCGCCCCCCACCAACUUGGAGGUUCGUCCCCCCUCUACCUUAGCCAUUUGUCAGCUAUAAAAGGGCAUGGAGCCAAUUGACACACUCCAAAAGCAAAGAAAUAAAAGAAGCUUCUCUUGUUUAGAGGAGCCAUGCAGUCUCUUUUCAGGAAAGAAGAAAACAUUAACCUCCUUCCACCUAAGGACCGAGGGCUCCAGAGAAUGCACACCAGUAUCGCAACAGAGAUUGGUAACAUUAUUGAAGAAGUGAAUGAGGCCAUGACCCCAAAUGAAGUAGAGAAUGUGGGGUGUGAGUGCUGUGGGAUGUCUGAGGAUUGCACACCUACCUACAUCAUCCGAAUCAAAGAAUUUUUCUGCGGCAAAUGGAUCUGCGGGCUCUGUUCAGAAGCAGUAAAGGAGCAGCUGAAGAGAACUCCAGCGCUGGCUAUGGAAGAAGCCGUGGAGUCCCACAUGGCUCUCUGCAAGAAGUUCAACAGGACUACCAGGCUCAACCCUAAGCUCUCCUUGGCCAGUGCAAUGAGAGAUAUUGCUAGGAAAAGCUCUGCACGUAGGAUCUCCAAGGAUUCAUGUGGGCCCGAGAUUGCUAGAACCAUUAGCUGUGGUGAGGUGUUGGACUUAAAGAUCAAACGGUCACCUAUCCAGUGACACCGCUUAUAGUUCUGCCGAGGUUCUUCUUCCCUAGUUUCUCUAAUAUUACUUGUUGUUGGGGGAGGAAGAAUGGAAUAUUUAGUGCUUAUAUAAUUAUGGAUGAUAUACAUGUUGGUAGUAUGAUGGCUUCUGUGUUUUUUUCAGCUAUAUUAGCAGAAAUUUGCUUUGUGGGUCGUUUAUGAUGGCUUCUGUGUACUCGGUAGAGUGUACUCCCCCGUAGUUUUUUGUGGAUCUCAUUGUAGGACAUACCUGGACCAGGGUAUCCGUGUAUUGACUUACUCAAAUAAAAUAAGUCUUCUUGUUCUGUUAGUCA